AUGCCGAAGACACUUCACCUUCUCAGAGAGGAGAUAACCUACUCCAAGAAGAAAUCGAUAUUCUUCUUCAACUCUAGUAUUGCGACCGGCAACGUGCUUUCUUUGCUAGACUCUCUGACCAUCAGGCGAUUGGCUUUAUACCUAGGUAGGAGCUUCAACGUUUGUAUUUUAGUUUUUAUCGAUAACCGGAAAGCCAGAGCACAAUCUGGAACCCGAGUUCUCCUUCGGUUUCUUUUUCUAUAUCGGUUGGGCGAUGAUUUCCGCCAUAGAAACUCCGAUGACAAGUUCGUGACUGAUGUUGGCUUUUUCGGUGCUCAGGCGUUCCUCUCUCCAGAGGAAUACCGGAAUGAAUGCUUGUCUCUGGCUGGGGAUGAACUCACCUUUGCGGAAAUGGAAAAAAUAUUUCGCAAGGAAUGUGGACGAGCUGUGCCCUUGACGUUCCACUUUGUGAGCCGGAUCUUGAUGUGGAUGAUGAAUGAAUUGGGGUACAUGUUCCAAUGGUUCUACGAUUCUGGGUUUGGAGCCGACAUCACUGCCCUGAAGGAAAUUCGCCCAGAUUUGCAGACCUUUGAGUCUUGGCUUGCAAAUGAGAGCGGUUUUGUGGCUAAAUAA